UAUGCUUUCAUUUUUAAAAUAACAUGUAAUAGUUUAAUAAAUGAGAUUCUUCACACAUGAGAUAACGUUUAGAUGGUGUGAAGCGUAUCAAUAAAACUGCCGAGCACAGCUUCCCCAUAAUGCACAGAGAAAGUAGAUGUCAUUGCCCUUGACAACAAAAAUGGCUACAGCUACAAAAAUCAUUCAGAAACUACGAAACUGGGUUUCAGGGCAAAAUCUGCAGGAAAAACUACAGCUUCGUUAUACAGAAAUUUCCAAAAGAACUCAGCCACCACCAAGUCUUCCGUAUGGCCCAAGUCAUAAAUUUGCAAACAAUAGUUACUGCAUGAGAGAUGGGCGUCGUGAAACAUUUCCUCCUAUUGUUGUAAUGUCAUCAAGAAAAGCACUUACUUCAGGAACUGAGACUGUGAGCCAAGCUGUAGAAGUCACUGCUAAGCAGCCUGUUGUACCUGGUGUUCCACCCAGAAAAUUGGAGCUAUCAAAGGAUGAACCCUACUUGUGACAUUGAAAAUGAUACAUAAUGUAAUUUAUCUGCACAAGCUGCCAGAAACUUGGGUGUCCAGCUGCUUCACAUAGUCUCACAGGCUUUUGUAUAUAAACCUUAAGUGACAUUUCUGCCAAUUAAAUGUUUCAUCUGUA